CCAAUGGAUUUCCAAAAUCUUGUUCUUCCCUCCGCAAAGUAACAACUUUUUUUUUCUUACAAAAGAAGAAUCCGAUUGCAGCUGCUACUCUUGUCCGAUAGGCAUAUCGAAGAGAAGGAAAUGUUAGGUGCGCUCAGUGCUGCAAGUUUAACACUUGGUCCGGGUAGUGCUCCAGCACCUUUCACCGCACAACGCGGCAAUGAUGGCGCCGCCAAAGCCUUAGCGUUUCCCAGAGGCAGCAACAGCAACCGCGCCCAGUUGUUGGUUAAGAGCUCCUUCACUUCAACUUCCAGGACGGCACCAUCCUUUAGGACAGCAGUUGCUGCAGUUGACUCAGACCAGCUCAGUCCCGAGAAGCAACAAGCGCAAAAGUACCAUUUUGUUGUUGCGAAUGCAAAGUUCAUGGAUGAAGAGGAACACUUCAAGGAGCUCUUGUUUGAGAGGCUUAGGUUCUAUGGAGAACACGAUAAAGAACAGGAUUUCUGGCUUUUAAUCGAGCCCAAGUUCUUGGAAAAAUUUCCUGACAUUACAAAGAGGUUGCACAGGCCCGCUGUUGCUCUGGUUUCUACUAACGGCCCUUGGAUUACGUUUAUGAAAUUGAGGUUGGACAGAGUUUUAUCUAAUAGCUAUGAAGCUGACAGUCUUGAAGAAGCUUUAGCCUCAAAUCCUACAAUGCUGGAGUUUGAGAAGCCAGAAAACUGGGUGGCACCCUAUCCCAAAUAUGAAUUUGGAUGGUGGGAGCCCUUCUUGCCAAAUGGAGUUAAAGUUUGAAGUAUAGCAUUUUUGGCUAUGGAAUGUUGUUUUAGCUACAAUUUUUUCUAUAACUAAUGAGAGAUUCAUGUGGUUGUCUAUUUUGCGUACGAUUUGGUACUCGAUACAGACAAUUCGAAAAUUUUAAUUU